CAAUUGAACGCCUCACAGAAGUUAUAUGAAAGAUGCAUGUGUAAUUCAGCCUACAACUUCCCCGUAUACAACAGAUAUUUAGUCGAUCUAGCAAAAUUAAGGAUCUCUGCAUCUUCUUGUUCGUCGUCGACGGGGAGCUGAAGGAAAAUGUCCAUGAAGCGAAAGGAGGUUCCCACUAACAAUUGGGAUGUAUACAUAAACCUACCAAAACUAUUGAAAGGCCUCCUCUACCGUUCACGUAAUGGUAAUGUGAAUUAUCCUACUAAGUUUAUUGCAAGUCCUGUUGCUAGUUCUGAAAUUAUUAAUAGUGAUGAUGGUAUAUUGAUUGAGAUUUUAAGCAGACUUCCAGUGAAAUCACUAUUAAGGUUCAAAUCAGUAUGCAAACGUUGGUUGUCUUUGAUUAAGAAUGACACCUACUUGAUUCAAUUACACAGUACCGGAGCAAAAUCACGUCCGAAUCUCCUUGUCAUUGUUCCGUUGAAGCAACAACGAAAGACAGAUGAUGGUCAUUGGGUUACGCGAACCAAAACGCCUCGUCAAUGUAUUUUGUCUGCAGAGUUAUUAUUGGGUGAAGGCAGUGGUUGUGAGGAAAGAGAGCCAGAAGCCAUUAUUCAUAAUGUUAGGAUGACUGAUAAUAACUGGUUUGUUUAUGAUCAAGUUUUGGGACCUGUAAAUGGUCUGGUUUGUUUUGUCGAUUGGGGCGCAUUUGCUGUUAGAUUGUACAAUGUCAGUACUCGAGAAGUAACACCAUGGAUCCAAUCAACAUUAUGGAAAGAAGAAAGAGAUCUGUUUCAAAAAGAUGGCACUUUUAUAAAGAACAUUCGAGGACCAUUUUUUCAAUUUGGAUUUGAUCCUUUGGCCACGGAGCAUAAACUUUUCUGCUUCUGGACACUAUCAAGAAUCCAAACUUUACUUGGGCGCGUUAUUGAAUCCCAUAAUUAUAUAAGUUGGGAGGCCUUGACCAUAGGUCGUGACACCAAGUGGAGAAGGAUUGAUGUGGUGCCUCAUGAGGACAACCAAGAGAAGCUUAAUGUGGUGAUUCCUCCAUUCUUGAAUAGAAAAUCUUUUGUGUAUGCAAACGGUUCCAUAUAUUGGAUAAAUAAGCGUAUGAGCACCUCGGAUGAUUCUGUUCAUUGUACCAAGGACAAACACUCCAAGGAUGGUAGUAAUGGCGAUCCUGAUGUCAUCAUAGCGUUUGAUGUUGGAAGUGAGAAGUUUAGAGUUAUUCCAAUUCCCAAGUUCAUUCUUGACGAGCCUCGUGAACCAACCUUCUUGCAGCCUAUUGCUAUUCUGGAAAUGGAUGGACGUGUAGUUCUAGUAUACAGAAAGAGGCCAUGCACUGUGAAAUUGUGGAUAUUGAAUGAUGACAUUGACAAAAAAAUGGAGAAUUGUAAAGGUAACAUAAGAAAUUGGAGUGAAGAGACUAUUGCAUUACCCUUUCUUUGUGACACGCGGAUUCUCGGUUUUCAUGGAAUUCCUGGGACUACCCAGAUUGUCUUUGAAAACUAUGGAGAUUUUCAUAAACAUAUUAAGCUAGUCGGUUUGUAUUCAUAUGAUCUCAAAAAAAAGACUUUCAAUGAGAUUGACAUCAAUGGAAUCUCCUCCAUUCCCCUUCAUUACACUAGGUUUCUACUAGCAACUUUCACCGAAAGCCUUUUUUCCUGUUCAGCCUCAACAACACAACACAGUCAAAAAUUAGUGCAUCUUAAUGGUGGGCACUUGUGCUAGUAGUUUUACUCAUGUUUCUGGUUCUGUUUGAUUGGUCUGCAUCAGUCUAAGCGCCAGUAGUGGUAAUAGUUUCUGGUUUUUAUCUAAUACAAAGCUGAGAAUCUGACAAAGACUCACAAAGCCAGUUAUUGUGAAGUUAAUUUAUUGAAUAAAGUUCUCUUUAUAUUGUUUCUGUGUUUGUGUGAUCUGAAACCUCGUCAGGUGUUACGGUGGGUUUGAUUGUUGAAGAGAUUGGUGUUUGAGUUUCUAAUAAUCCUUUUGAUUAAAUCGAGAAGUCUGGAUUUUGUUUCUUGAUUAUGAAAAUGGAUGGUGAAAAUUCUGUGUUUCAAGUGUGUGGAUAUGAAAAUGGAUGGUGAAAAUUCUGUGUUUCAAGUGUGUGGAGACUGAAGAAGUUCGUAUGUAACAGUUACAAGUAUUUAAUGUUUUUUUGUGGAAGCAAAUCCACAAGGUCAAGGCGACACUCAAGAGCGUGUGGAUUCUCUAAGAAGGUGGAGUUUAAAAAUGCGGAAGAGCUCUGUUUGUUCGAGUUAGAUGUGGAGAAGACGAUUUACUCAACCAGCCACCAUUGAAUUAGAUAAUGUUCUUUCAGACCAAGAAGCCUUACUAAGCAAGUAUCAAGCUAGAGUUCAGAAGAUGUACACAAAGUUGCCUCAAGUUCAGGUGCAGAGGUGUUGUUUGGAGAAAAGUUGUAAAUGCGGAUGCAGCAAGGGUGGUCACAAAAAAAGAAACUGGCAUGCGAAAUACGAUAAUUGUAUAGAAUGUCAUAGGUGGUCAUGGCAAACAGGGCCAUCCUAUGAAGCUCGUGCAUGAUCAUUAUUCAUGAGAACAGGGACGAAUGUUUGUCGUAGAAAUCUCUGAUAUACAAGAGAGUAAGAAACCUCGUGAUUCCAGUGUUUCCAUGGGAUCACGCCCAUCAACAGUGUCAAGGCUAGGAAGGAAUUCCUCCGGAUCAGCAGGGAGUGAUGUUCACAGGAAAGCAACUUGGGAGGAAUUCCUCCAGAUCAGCAGAGAGUGAUUUUCGCAGGAAAGCAACUUGAAGAUGAUUACAACAUCCAAAAGGAAUCUACUCUUCAUUUGGUUUUGACGCUUCAGGGAGGGAGGGGUUACUGAGCAUUCUUUGAUGACUUUGUCUGAUUUUCAAAGUCAGAUGAGCUGAUUUUCAGGAAAUGAUGUGCUUGUCUGCAUCCAAGAAAAAGCACUAGUCUAGCCGUUGUUGUGGCAGCUGGUAGAAGUGAUUUCUGUCUCAAAUCUCUUAGUACAUAACAAUGUUUAGUUUCCGGAACUGAUUCUAUGAUCAUCUUCUUUCUCUCAACAUCAUGUUCAGCUAUAAAAUUUUGUUUGAAUUAAAGUUGAAUGUUACAGUUAACAACACAAAUGGAGACAGCGUGGCUUUAGAAGACAUGAAACUUUUAUUUA